AUGUCAGCAACAGACCUGAUCAGCGCUAUUGCUGAACGGAACAAAGACCCUGUUACAACUAAGAUAGUGGCAUACACGAAAAGACGAAAACUACUCGAAGUAUGCACUGCACUUCAGACAUCGCUGGCAAAAAUGUCCGACUGGGCUUCCAAAUGGGAUAUGCGCAUUAACUACGACAAGUCUCUGGAUUUGCAUGUAGCAGAGCGCACAUCGGACAACGGUGACCGUCUGGUCGAUUUGUGCGAACAGACGGGCCUCAUCAUCGCUUCCAUGUUUAAGAGGAAUCAUCGACGCCAUCAGCUCACGUGGGAGCUCAACUAUCUUCUGGCGAGGAACAUUCCUCAGUCAGAUAUCCGAAAGUCUAGAGCUGUUUGGGACGUCACGCUCGACAUUGACCACCGUCCAGUUCUUCUCAGCUUCAAGAUACGGUUCCACAAGAGAAACCGAGGAGUUCCUCUUCAACCGAAAAUCGACAUGGCAGACCUGGCCCCAAGCGACUACCACCUCUUCCGAUCGCUUCAGCAUCACUUGGAAGAUAAGGGCUACGAUGAUCGAGACAACCUCGAAUAUGACCUUCGGACUUUCUUCGCCUCCAAGUCACCGGAGUUCUACGCCAAAGGAAUCCGUGAUCUUGUGAGACGUUGGCAGAAGGUUGGGCGACGACCUGUGGUGAAAGCUAAGCUCGCCGUGGCAUGGUUGCUUAGUUUGGGGAGAAGUCUCUUUGCCACUCCAGCAUAUUCACUGUCUCAGUACCCUGCACACUGGGCCCUGCCGUCUCAGAUAUCGGACGGUAUAGCGACCGGUAAGAGGCGAACAAAUCUCAGGUUGCUUAGGACGUCAUUGAUUCUGGACCAAGACGACAUACGCACGACUCGCCAUGGAGACUGUCUCAAACUGUGUACUUACAACGCGAGAACAGUUUCCACAGACGCUGACCUGCAUGCCCUUCUCGGAGCUGCAGAGCGUAUCAAAUUUCACGUGAUUGGUCUUCAGGAGACCAAGUGCAGAAGGAGCGACGUACGACAGAUGAAUGACGGUACACUCGUCAUUCGUGGAGAGAAGAUUCCGUCGCGAAAUGUAGGCAGUGUUGGUUUUGUUGUGCACCCAUCUGUCGUCCAUCUCGUCGAUUCCCACAAGAUCCUGUCAUCUCUGGCCAUUCUUCGCCUCCGCGCCAAAAAAUCCAUCAGUAUCAUCAACUGCUACUCACCAACAUCAGCAGCUGAUCAAUCCGAAUUGGACGCGUUUUACGAGGAGCUGGAGGAAGUAGUCCGCAACGAGAAGUCCUUCUACAAAUCCGUUGUCGGAGACUUCAACGCAAAACUAGAAAAGGCCACAGAAGAGGAAUACAGGAUUGGGAGAUUUGAACUAGGGGACCGGAAUGAAAACGGCAAUCGUCUCGCCGGACUGUUGUCCGCUGCUCGCCUCUUUCAUGGGAACUCUCUUUUCAUAAAAAAAAAAGAUCAUCGUCGGUGGACAUGGGAAUCGCCCAAUGGCGCGACUUUUGCGGAGAUCGACCACAUACUCACCAACCGGAGGUGGUGUCUACUUGACGUCUCAGUAGUACCAUCCUUUUGUAGUGGUUCUGAUUACCGUCUCCUUCGUGCGAAAAUACGACUUGACCACACGAUGGCAAAAUGGAUGGAAAAGAACAUCUGCUAUCGGCAACGAAGGAGAAAAGAAGUCGUCUACGACGAUUGCGUACUCGAGGACUCCUUGUCCUAA